AUGGAAUCAUGGGGUUUUGCAGCUUCCCCUUCGGAUGCCACAAAUGGUGGGAAUUUUGAUGCGGCAUCCUCUCUGGAUGUCACAAAUGGAGGGAACAUUGAUGUUGUGUUGGUUAUUCACGUUGAUUCCUCUAAUGAGAGUGGGAAGAAUUAUAUCUAUCAAUUUGGUGGCUCUUUUGACAUUGUUAUGUCUAUAAGGAGGAAUACUGAUGAUGAAAUGGUAAAUUCUCUUUCUAUUGGCACUCAUUCUCAGAAUGAAGGUGGAUUUUCACUGGCUUGGCACAGUAUGGCAGUGGAGGUGGAAGAGGGUUGGAUUACUAUUAAGGUAUUAGAUUUAUCUUGGAAUAGUUGGAGUGGGAACAUUCCAUUGUUCUUUGGAAACAUGUCUUCUCUCACAGUAUUAGAUUUAUCUUGGAAUUGGAGUGGGAACAUUCCAUUGUUCUUUGGAAACAUGUCUUCUCUAACACGACUAUAUUUAUCUAGGAAUAGUUUGAGUGCGAACAUUUCUUUGCUCUUUGGAAACAUGUCUUCUCUAACACGACUAGAUUUAUCUGGGAAUAGUUUGAGUGGGAACAUUCCAUUAUCCUUUCGAAACAUGUCUUCUCUAACUAAACUGCUACUUCAUAAUAAUCAACUCACAGGAAGCAUGCCCUCGUCUCUUUCUAAUCUCUCUUCUCUAAGUAGGUUAGAUCUUUCUUGGAAUCACUUAAGUGGUUAUAUUCCCGAGUCCUUGGGUGAUCUCUCUUCAUUAGACUACUUGGAUCUGUCUUCCAACCAACUAAAUGGAACCCUUCCCUCCUCAUUUUCAAAGUUCUCCUCCCUUACUCGCCUCUAUGCUGAGAGGAGCGUAUUCUUUCGUAUUGCUUCCUCAGAACUACCCUUGUCACUUACAACACUCUCUCUCACGUUUAAUAGUCGUCAGAUGAUCUCAGAGGCUUUCUUUCAUAACCUUAGCAAGUUAGAGUAUCUGAGCCUGUCUAAUUGUGUAUUUAAUUCCAGCCCCACCUGGAUUCCCUCAUUUCAGUUGAAAAGCUUAUUAAUGACAUCAUGUAAGAUGAAUGGGCAAGUACCAUUAUGGAUUUCGACUCAGUUCUCACUUGUAGACUUGCAAUUAGCUGACUACAAUCUUGUUGGAGAAAUUCCUUCUUGGCUACUGGAUAUGAGUCUUUUCUCCAUCAAUCUCACAGCAAAUGAUCUGCAAGGUCGCCUUUUGCUAAAUACUUUAGCUUGGGAGGGAAUAUAUGUCGUGGAUGUGUCUAACAAUGAAUUAUGCGGACAGAUACCAUCAAUUUGGCCGUCUAAUAUACUAGUGUUGCUGCUCAACAACAAUUCGCUAACGGGAAAUAUUCCUCCAAGACUACAAGAUUGUUCUUCAAUGCGAGUAUUAAAUUUGGCAAAUAAUCAUUUGAAUGGAAUCAUCCCUUCAAGCUUGGCCAAUUGUUCUCAGCUUCAAGUCUUGAAUUUGGGGUAUAAAAAUUUGACGGGAAUGAUGCCAUCCGAGAUUGGUCAGAUUCCAAAGUCAAUUGGUAAUUUUUCAAAGCUCCGAGUGCUAGCAAUGAGGAGUAAUAAUUUUGAAGGUAGUAUCCCUGCAGAAAUUGAGCAGUUGAAAUACCUUCAGAUCUUAGAUCUUUCUUCAAAUCAUCUAUCAGGGCUUAUACCACAUGGCAUCUUCAGUUUACAAGCAAUCUUGGUAGAACCACACCAGGAAUUGAGCAUGAUUUCAAUAGACUACAUGGACAAUCUUAAUUUCUGGCAUGAGAUUGCAUUGGAUAUAGAUUCAAGAGGCACAAAUGCGUAUUACUUAUAUGGGUAUGACUAUGAAAAUGGAUUGCACAUGAAUUCUAAAGCUUGGACAACUGUUCGUCCUAACCCAGAAAUAGCAGCAUUAGAGUUAGCAAAUAGUCUUGCGGUGUUAGCAAGGGGCGCAGUGAUAGCAUUGGGGAUAGCAGUGCAGGAAUAUCAGCGCGAGAAAUUGGGAGAUUGUCGGAGUUCUGCCAGUGAGAAGAAAGGAAUUUGUAUCUCUUAA